UUUAUCAUGUGGGGCUGCUGUUGGAUUUGAUAUUGAAUGGCCACCGUCAUAUGCUAAAGGAAAGAUAGCGAAAAUAGCUGUCAUACAGCUGUGUGUCACGGAGGAAAAAUGCUACUUGUUUCACGUCUCUUCAAUGUCAGGUACUGCACUUCCUCUGCUCCUGCCAGGGCAUGACCUGCCUUCUGCUUCUUGUGGUUUGGUCUGAACUUUAGCUUUGAGCUGCAGCCUAUUUCACUCUGAUAGUUGGAAGAAAAAUCCAUCCGUCUUCUUCCCCAUGGUGCUUACAAUACAGGGGUUUAUUUUAUUCACUGAACGCUCCCCAGGUGUUCAGGGGACCUUAGCCCAAGGUUUGGGCGGUGUUCUAGCACAUGGCCCUGUGGCUUCUAGACAGGGCAAGAGAAUUUUACCGAAGGAUUAUUUUUUUGUUCUGGGAAAGAGUUUUAAUCCUGUUUUGAAAACUGCUCGGAUAACGAGCUUUCUUCAUUUUGGUGCCAAAAUAAACACCAAACCUAAAUUUAGCUAGCUGUGUCUCUUCUUGAUUUGACUUGAGUAACAAAAUCCCUCAAAAGCGAUGGCCAUCACGCUUUCUUCCUAAUUUUGUGCCAUCAGUUUUCAGGAAGAAUACUGAAUACCUGUGUGAUGCACCUGUGUGGAGUGGGGGACGUGCUCAACAGCGUCUGAAUUCAUUGUGGAUGUGAAUAAAAGCUUCCAAAUAAGAAUUGGGGGGGGGGGGGGGCAAGGAGAGUGCAAUUUUAUAACCUUUGGUUUGAAUGCUAGAUUGAAACUAUGCCUGUAAGAUGCCUCUGAUUUCCCUGGGGUGUGCAUGCUGAGGUGUAAACGAUAAUUUAAAUGUUGGUGUUCAGUCCUUUGUCAUUUAUAGCAAAUGAGGUGGAAAAUUUAAUUGCCAGAGGCUAUUCAGUCCAGGAGGCAGAUAUUUUCAAGUUCACAAAGGAGAGAUUUGAGGAAAGGAAGCCAAGGGAAGAAGAGACGUGAGGAGGAGCCGAAACACUCUCGGUUUUAGCUGUGUGUUUGCAUGUCGAUCCCAGGCAUGGUUGUGUAUGUGCUACUGCUAACCAAGUGCCUAACAGCAGAAGACGGUGUUUCUGCCUCGAUUGUUUUUUAAAGCUUUUGUUCGUCCAAAGGGAGAUGCACUUUGAACCGGGUUUUCCCAAGGGACUCAAAAGACUGCUCGAAGAUGAAACAAUUAAAAAGGUUGGCGUAGGAAUUGAGGGAGAUCAAUGGAAGCUGAUGAGUGACUUUGAAAUCAAGCUGAAGAGCUUUGUGGAGCUGGCUGACGUUGCUAAUGAGAAACUGAGGUGUAAGGAGAUAUGGAGCCUAAAUGGUCUGGUAAAACACCUUUUUGGGAAGCAGCUUCUGAAAGAUAAGACUGUCCGCUGCAGCAACUGGGAAGAGUUUCCACUCAAUGAGGAGCAGAAAUUGUACGCAGCCACAGAUGCUUAUGCUGGCUUCAUCAUUUAUCAAAAACUGAAAAAUAUGAAUAGCAACGACAGGAAAUUAUUUGGGGAAAGAAGAGGUAACGUGUCAGAUGACGUGAAGGAGUGCCUGACCUCACUAGCUGAAGAGAUGGUGUACCUGGCUUCUCGGAUCCCUGACUCAUCCGGACAACCUGGGAGCUUGCAGAGGGCUGCAGAAAUACUAGCUGACAUUUCAGAGAAUGUAAAAGCCUUAAGAAGCACUCUGCUUGCUGGUUCGUGUUCCCCUUCUGUACUGGAGAGGAGCUGUGGUGAAGCUCCAACAAAACUUGAAUUGCAAUCAGCAAGCGUUGAAGCACAAAAAGUUGAAAUGCCUGAACUUGUUAAAAAACUUGAAGGUGACAUCUACAUCUGCUCUGAUGCUACGCUAGCUGGCCUCUGGGAGGGAGAUGUUGAUGAAGGAGAAGCAGAGAGAGGUAACGCUGCUGUGGGAGAUGGGGAGGAAGCAGCUGGCUCUAAGGACAGAGCAGACAGAAAUGACUUCAUGUCACUAGACAUUACGGAGCAAGAACCUCAGAUGCUGGAACAGCAGGCUGCAGAAGAAUAUCUCAAUGAAGCCGUGUCUGAGGAGGAAUGUGCCACAGAUAACAAACAUAAUAUUUCCUGUGUCAUUGAAAGCGAUGAAGAACUGGAAAUGGAGAUGCUUAAGUCUUUAGAAGCUGUAGACAAUUCUAAAGGGAGUUUGACUGAAAGUGAGUCCAAUAAAGCCAGGAAAACUCCAGAUGACACAGAAUUGAACAUUGCACCAGAUGGAGAUGGAGAUGAAGAUGAAGGCGUUGAAGAAGAGGAGGAGGAAUGUUGGGAUCCGUUGCUGCCAGUACCUAGUGAAAUCCAGGUCACAUGUCUGAAGACUUACUUUGGGCAUUCUUCUUUUAAACCGGUCCAGUGGAAAGUGAUCAGUUCUGUUUUAGAAGACAAAAGAGAUAAUCUUGUUGUAAUGGCAACUGGUUAUGGGAAAAGUUUGUGCUACCAGUUUCCUCCUGUUUACACUGGAUGUACUGGAAUAGUCAUCUGUCCUCUUAUUUCCUUGAUGGAGGACCAGGUACUGCAGCUGACAAUGUCAGGGAUUCCAGCUUGCUUGCUUGGUUCGGCUCAGUCGAAAAACGUCAGAGACAGCAUCAAAGCGGGUCAAUACAGAGUCAUAUACAUGACACCCGAGUUCUGCUCAGGGAAUUUAGAGCUACUUCAGGAUCUUGACCAAGCUGUUGGUAUUGCCCUUAUAGCUGUUGAUGAAGCUCACUGCAUUUCUGAAUGGGGCCAUGACUUCAGGAAUUCCUUCAGAACCUUAGGCUCACUAAAGAUGACUCUGCCAAAGGUUCCCAUUGUUGCUUUAACUGCCACUGCAAGUCCCUCUAUUAGAGAAGACAUAGUGAAAUGCCUGAACCUGAAGAAUCCCCUGGUCACAUGUACGAGCUUUGACAGACCGAACCUGUACUUAGAAGUUGGACAACAGAGUGGAAAUAUCCUUAGGGAUUUGAAACAGUUCCUUACUAGGAAAGGAAGCAGUUCUGAGUAUGAGUUUGAAGGCCCUACCAUCAUCUACUGCCCUUCAAAAAAGACCACAGAAAAAGUUGUGUCUGAACUGACUAAACUGAAUGUGCCCUGUGGCGCGUACCAUGCUGGAAUGGGAAUUCAAAAAAGGAGAGAGACCCACCACCAGUUCAUGCGGGAUGAAAUUCAGUGUGUUGUGGCUACAGUGGCAUUCGGAAUGGGCAUCAAUAAAGCAGAUAUCCGGAUGGUUAUUCAUUAUGGUGCCCCUAAGGAAAUGGAAUCCUAUUAUCAAGAGAUUGGGAGAGCUGGUCGCGAUGGGCUUCCUGCUUCUUGUCAUGUCUUGUGGGCUGCAGCAGACCUGAAUUUUAACAGACAUCUUCUAACUGACAUACGCAGUGAAAAGUUCCGAUUGUACAAACUGAAGAUGUUGAACAAAAUGGAGAAGUACCUUACCUCAAAUAGCUGCAGGAGAAAAAUCAUUCUGUCUCAUUUUGAAGACAAACAACUCCGAAAGGUCUCCUCUGGCAUCAUGGGCACAGACAAGUGCUGUGAUAACUGCAGGUGCAGAACCUCCUGUCUUGCGACCUCCAGUGACUCAGAAGGAGGCUUACAGGACUUUGGAAAGCAGGCCUAUCAGCUGCUGUCUGCAGUGUGUGCCCUGGAAGAGAAGUUUGGAACUAGAGUUCCCAUUUUGUUUCUACGAGGAUCUAGUUCCCAACGUCUGCCAGAGAGGUACCGAAAGCAUGCUCUUUACGGUAGUGGGAAGGACUUGACAGAGAACUGGUGGAAGUCACUCUGCCAACAGUUGAUAAUGGAAGGAUUCCUCAAAGAAGUCUCUGGGCAUAGCAAGUUUGCGACCACAUGUGGGCUUACCCAGAAGGGAAGAAAUUGGCUUUUGAAAGCUGGAUCUACCUCAAAUCCAAGUCUUCUGUUACAGUCCAAUGAAGUCUUAAACCUACAGAGACCUACUAGAAGUAGAUCUUCACCUGUGGUGUCAACGCAGGGCUCCCCGAGCACAAAAGGAACAAAGCAGUCACCAGGCAAGCAGAUGUCUUUGUAUGAAAUGUUUUCAUAUGAGAAGAAAGCUGGAACGCCUCCAAGAAGGAAUACCAUGCUUAACAGUUUCCAAGAGCACUCGCCUGUGAGAUCUCCUCUGAAGUCCCAAGAACCUGUUUCAUCUCUGGAAAAAGAACUAGAGACUGCUCUGUAUGGCAAGCUGUUGACUGCUAGACAGAAGGUAGCUAAUGAGAAAGCAGUUCCUCCAGCUGUCUUGGCAACCAACAAGAUCCUGGUGGAGAUGGCCCGAAUAAGGCCUACAACUGUUGAGAAUGUGAAGAGGAUUGAAGGUGUAUCUGAAGCAAAAUCAACCAUGUUGGUCCCUCUCCUGGCUGAAAUUAAGGACUUCUGCCAAGCGAAUGGUUUGCAGGUGGAUGCAUUCCCUACAUCUGGACCUACAGAUCAGACAGAGGCAUCUCACCAGAAGCAUGCUAGAGCCCUUUCUCCCUCAGAGCAUGUCACAUACGUCUUGUUCCAAGACAAAAAUCUCUCCGUGAGGACUAUAAGUGAGACCAGAUCUCUUCCUCUUUCUGAGAUCGGCACGCACCUGCUCCAGGCGAUGCAAGCUGGGUAUCCUGUCAACCUGGAGCGAGCAGGUUUGACUCCUGAAGUUAAACAGGUCAUUUCUGAUGUUAUCUGUAAUCCUCCUAUUGACUCAGACACCACCAAAAUUCAAGCAAUUAGAAAACUUGUUCCUGCAAAUAUUGAACUAUAUCUCAUCCAGAUGGUUAUUGCAUUACUGAAGAAAGAGAAUGGAAAUAAGGCUCAGCGUGGUUCAGGUGUCAAAAGGGUGUUGGUAUGGUCAGAUGGGCAGCAGGAAAAAAGAGGAGCAGACCAACCAAGCAAGGAAGAUGCUUUGUGGAGUGAAAGAAAGGCACAGAGCACAGAUGACACCCAGCCAGGUGACAGGGGUGCAGCAGGCCACACGAAGCCCAUCGCAUUGUCCUCCUGGAACCAGCCAGCCCUUAAUCCUGAGGAGGAGGAAUUGUUUGCUGACUCUCAGCCAAAGAGUUCACAGCCCCCUUGUAAGAGGAAGGUGCCUGCAUGGUUUGGAGCCUCGGCAGCCCCUGUUGUGCCUGUGCCCCAGAUCAAGAAACCCAAAGCGGACACAAGAAAAGGAAUCUUUAACUGAAGAUUUAUUUUUUGUAAGAAGUGUACGUGUACGCACGUUAGAUGUAUUAUGACAGAAACUACUUUAUACAGAGCAAUACUUUAUAUGUAGCACUGAUUUUGCUUGAUCUAUGCUUUUUUUUUUUUUCUACUGUGUGAAAGUCUUUAUUAAAAAAAAAAAAUCUUAUU